AUGGCCCCAGCUGACCAGAGGGACAGGUCCAAGUGGUGUGAGUUCCAUGCAGACCAUGGGCAUCGGACAGAGGAUUGCAUCGCCCUCAGAUUGGAAGUGGCCCACCUACUAAAUCAAGGCCACCUCACCGAUUACCUAACCGAAAAGGACAAGCUUACCCUACAACAAGGAAGGGAAAGACAAGAGAAACACAGAGACGACAGCCCACCAGACCCGCCACAUCAUGAGAGAACUGUGAAUGUGAUAUCCGAAGGCUCCAAAGUCAGCGGAAUCACCCACUCAGCCGCCAAGAGACACGUCAGACAGGCUAGAUCAAGCAAAACAGUGGCUCCGCCUUCCGGCAAAGCUGGACCAACGGAUCCAACCUUAACAAUCAGCUUUGCAACAUCCGAAUCAGACAAGCUUCUACACCCUCAUCAUGAUGCUUUAGUUAUUUCCAUUUAUAUUGCUAACUGUUUAACAAAGCGUGUGCUAAUAGACAAUGGUAGCUCUGCCAAUAUUUUUUUUUUCAAUGCAUACAGGGAGAUGGGUUUGGACGAGUCCAAACUAAUCAAGAAAGCGGCCGUACUCGUUGGCUUCAGUGGCCUACUGUAG